CAAGUUAAAGGGCAACAUGUACAAACAAGCCAACAAGCUUGUGUACUAGUUUACUACAGCUUUAUAAAGCUGAAUCACUUGUGUUUUUUUUAUCACUAUUUCCUGCAGCAAGCACAACUUAGAUUGCCAAUUUCACAGCUCAGCAUCCAUCUUUAUCAUCAUGUCAGGUCGUGGGGGAAAGAAAAGGGGUAAAUCUGUGUCCAAAUCGGCCCGGGCAGGGGUGCUUUUCCCGGUGAGUCGUAUGGGCCGGUACCUCCGUCUAGGCACUCAUCACCAACGGAUCGGCGCCGGAGCCCCUGUGUACUUGGCGGCAGUGAUCGAGUACCUCACCGCUGAAAUAUUGGAGCUUGCAGGCAAUGCUGCCCAUGACAACAAGCGAGGGCGCAUCACUCCUCGUCACAUUCUGCUCGCCAUUGCCAACGACGAGGAGCUCCACCAGCUCCUGCGUCAUGUGACCAUAGCAAACGGAGGAGUGCUGCCGAAGAUUCAUCCCGAGUUGCUUGCCAAGAAAAAAGGACCAAAAUAUAAGAUGCUACUUGACUCCCACCCGUCUCCUCCACCUGUCAAGAAACCGACCUACAAGACAGCGGCGCAGAAGAAAGAGGCUCCGUCCACCUCUAAGAAGAACACCCCCAAGGCUAAGACGCCAGCCAAGAAAGGCAAGACACCGGCCAAGGGCAAAGGAAAAGGUUCAGGAAAGACAGUGCUGUCGGAGAAAAGACUCUUUCUUGGACAGAAGUUGACCGUGGUCCAGUCUAACAUAGCUGAAAUCUUGGCCGACGUUGUGGUCCAUCCAACCAACUCAAGUUUCUACAUGGGAGGGGAAGUAGGUAAUGCCCUGGACAGCGCUGGUGGUAAGGAAUUCAGGGACGAGAUGAAUAAACUCAAGGCAGCUCAGGGCAACCUUGAAGUUGCUGGAGCUGCCAUUUGCCCAGGCCAUAACUUUCCAGCCAAGUUCGUGAUCAGCUGUCACAGCCCGUCGUGGGGCGGGGCUAACGCCAUUCCUAACCUUGAGAAGUGCGUCAAGAACUGUUUAGCCCUUGCUGAUGAAAAGAACCUUACAUCUAUUGCUCUGCCGUCCAUUGGCAGCGGGGGGAAUGGGUUUCCCAAACAGACUGCAGCGGAGACCAUCCUGCAGACCAUCAGCAAGUACUUUGUGACCGUAAUGUCCUCGUCUCUCAAGCAGGUGUAUUUUGUUCUCUAUGACCAAGACAGCAUCGACGUCUACACCAGGGAGCUGUCUAGGUUGGAGGUAGACCAAAAUUGAAAAGGGGAGAAUUAAUUGUAGGGGUCCUAACCUCAUAACUGUCACAAGAGUUUAGUUUUUACUUCUGAUUUCCUGAGUAUAAACCCUCUGAUUCAAUUGACUUAGGCAGGAUCUAAAUUACUUGGCUACGGUUUGCCACUUACAUGGAAAAGAAUGAAAGCCCCUCCCUGUACACACAUGUGUGUUACUGCCAAAAGAAGCAAUGUAAUUUAAAUGUGACCUACAACAAAGUGUGAUUACGUACCAGUGGUCAACUAUCGUUGCUGGGUUCCCACAGGCAUGGAAAAAUCCUGGAAAAAUUCUGGAAUUUAAAGCUAUCAUGGAAAGUCGUGGAAAGUCAUGGGAUUUUAUUUUUAGAUUUCUGUUGGAACCCUUUAGUUGAUUUGUAACGUAACUCAAGCCGUGGAACAAAAGCAAUGUGCGAACAAUCCCUGGUUUGAUGAAAUUCUUUCGUCUAAUUUGUUGGUGAACUUACAUCAUAGGCCACAUUUACAGAUAUUAUUUCUGAAUAUGUAUUUACUGACCCCUAAAACAUACAUGAUUGUGAAAAUUUACCAACGUGACAUGAAGUUGCAAUGACAAUGACAAGAGGAUUUGGUUAGACUUUGGAAGCCAGACGUGGGUGAAAAAAAUGCUUGCGAUAGUCUGUGGUUGUACCGUUGUAGGACCGUGGUGAUUAUACUUCUGUAUUAGUUUAUAUAGUUUCUUAGUUUGGUUGCCUGUCGUAGUCUUUUAGCACACUUUGUAGGACUUCAUGAUAGAAUUAGUGAAUUGAAUCGAAUUGGGAAUCUUAUUGGAUAAUUUUGGGUUGUGCAUCCGGUGAUUGUAACCCAAUGAGUUUGAAAUUGCUCUGACUAUUUCAGAGAAAUAAGGAAUGGCAGAGAAGUCAAGGGGAAUUGUACUUUUCUCAAUAAUUUCCAUUUUUAUCACAUUGUACAUAAUUAUAAAAGAUCAAUGUGGAAUUUUUGCACAAACUGGUUUAAGCCACUGCGUAAAUAGAUUCUACUUUUCUAGAAAAUCAACUUGGCAGUUUGUCACACACUCUGAUCUGUUCUGUGAUUAGGCUCAAGUGUGCCAACAAGAAUUCUCACAUCAAUUGCAAAACGUUCUCUUCAUAUUAUGUAGUUGAUCGGAGUUGUUACGCCCAAACUAAAUCAAGUGUCUCAACUAUAGUUUUGACUGUCCCAGCUACUGUUUGUACAGUCCCAACAAUAGUACGGAAAUUCCAAACUGUAGUUGGGACGAUCCUAACUGUAAUUGGGAUGAUGCCAUAGUUUAGGCGUAACAUAAACAUUUAAACUUGUACCUUUGCCAACUCAUUCCUAUGGUUACCAAUUUAUAUUUGUACUAACUAGUACCUUGGCAACUCUUCUUUAACCAGUUUUCUAGCUGGUAUAAGAUAGGCCUGAUAACAAAAACAUAAAUCUCAAGUAAAACAUUGGGACUUAAUUUCUCCUUUUUAUCAACACUUUUUGUGUAAGUACCUUGUGGAUGUGGUGGUUUGAAAUCAACCUAGGUAGGGAAUUGUGUAUGGUGAUAUUUGAGUCUGUUCUCGUGGUGGAUUCCGAAGAUGUGUAUUUUCAAUAAGAUGUUACUUGGAAUUUUUUUGUUUUUGCUUCAAGAUUAGAUUAGUCAGUAGAUUUGAGAUAGAAAUUAAAUUCUCCUGUUCGAUGAAAUAAAAUGGGAAGAAAAUCACAGAUCAUGUAAAAUAAUUCCCUUUUAUUAUUAAAACAAUUCCUUAAUUCAUGGAUGGCAUCAUAUUUUGUUGUCAUGUGACAAAAUCUAUUUUACCAAAAAUAAAAUGAAAUCAUAACAUGGAAAUUAUUUUUCAUAUUUUAAUAAAUUUUAUCCUAAUACGAUUUAUAAUCUUGCGCUGUAUUGUGGAGGUUAGGUAACUUUGGAAAACCUGAUGAAUUAAUGUAGUUUGUUAUACAAAAAAAAGGAAAACCAAAUACAAUGUAGUUUGACCUCUACUAUAUUGGAAAAGGUCAUUCAAAGUGGAUGCAAGACAAACUUCUGGUCCCAAUACAAAUCAUGUUUCCCUUUGAGGUAUUACAAAGAUUGUUUAAAAAUAAGUAAACCAUUUUUAAAUAAAGGACAACUACAGUUUUGUGGAUCAGGAAAUAUUUCAAUAACACAGCAUAUUGUGUUUUAGACAUUCUUGUAAAUAAGAUACAUUUACAAGAGUAAACAAGAGAGAAAUUCGAUUUAUUGAAAUUUUAUUAUGCUUGCAAAGAUAGUUUUUAAACGCAGUGAUAUAGGCAGCAGUAUCAAAUGCUUGGAGACAAAAGCUAUAAUUUUUGUUUGUUAGAUUUUAUAAAUUUUGCUGAAAUAUUACCAUGUUUUGUUAGUCACAAACUGUUUAUUGUUUAGAGCUCACUACUAGCCACUGGCUCUUUAGUAGGCAAUUACGCUACUAUUACAAAAAAAAAAUUAUGUUCUGAAUGAGAAUUUCGUAUGGA